AUGCCCGCUGUGGGCUUGGCCAUCUGGAGGGCGAAGGACCUGACUUUUCCAGUUGUAAGAAACGCGGGGAAUGUCCUGCCCGUGAGCCACUGGGAUUCGGUCCAGCUUCAUGCUGUGUCCACGGCGCAAGGCAUCCGCUCCAGACCCACCCGGACGGGCCGCCUCCACGGGGAGCCCGAGGAAGCAGCCCUGGCCAGCCGGGGGUGGGGCGCGGGGUAUGGGCCGCUGCGGCGUCUCAGCGUGCGACUCUCUUCACAGGGUUUCCAAGGCAAGACCGGCCCCCCAGGACCCCCAGGCGUGGUCGGCCCUCAGGGUCCCACCGGAGAGACUGGCCCGAUGGGCGAGCGUGGCCACCCGGGGCCCCCGGGCCCCCCCGGUGAGCAGGGCCUCCCGGGCCUUGCUGGGAAAGAAGGGACGAAGGGGGACCCAGGCCCCGCCGGCCUCCCCGGGAAGGACGGGCCCCCAGGAUUGCGUGGCUUCCCCGGGGACCGAGGGCUCCCCGGUCCUGUGGGCGAGAAGGGCCCACAAGGCCCCGCUGGUCGCGAUGGUCUCCAGGGUCCGGUGGGGCUCCCCGGCCCGGCCGGCCCCGUGGGCCCCCCCGGAGAAGACGGCGAUAAGGGAGAGAUCGGGGAGCCGGGGCAGAAGGGGAGCAAGGGCGACAAAGGAGAGCAGGGUCCGCCGGGGCCCACGGGACCUCAAGGCCCCAUCGGGCAGCCGGGCCCCUCGGGAGCGGACGGAGAGCCGGGGCCCCGGGGCCAGCAGGGCCUUUUCGGGCAGAAGGGUGACGAAGGCCCCAGAGGUUUCCCCGGGCCCCCUGGACCCGUGGGGCUGCAGGGUCUGCCGGGGCCUCUGGGAGAGAAGGGCGAGACGGGAGACGUGGGUCAGAUGGGCCCUCCAGGCCCCCCCCGGCCCCCGAGGAAACCCUCUGGAGCGCCAGGUGCUGACGGGCCGCAAGGUCCCCCCGGAGGAAUAGGCAACCCUGGAGCGGUGGGAGAGAAGGGCGAGCCUGGUGAAGCUGGAGAGCCUGGCCUUCCCGGAGAAGGGGGCCCCCCGGGACCCAAAGGCGAGAGGGGGGAGAAGGGCGAGGCGGGCCCUUCUGGUGCUGCUGGACCCCCUGGACCCAAAGGCCCGCCCGGCGACGACGGCCCCAAAGGCAGCCCCGGCCCCGUCGGUUUCCCCGGAGAUCCCGGUCCCCCCGGAGAGCCCGGCCCCGCGGGUCAGGAUGGUCCCCCUGGUGACAAAGGGGACGACGGCGAGGCCGGGCAGACG